AUGAAUAAAUUCUUUGAAAAGUGUGGCCAGCUUGAAAGUUUGGACAUCAGUCGCAUGCGUCUGUUUGAUAUGGAACCUGGAUUUCUGUACACAGUUCCAACGCUGGGACGCUUCAUUGUGUUAGAAAACGCACUGACCACAAUUAAUAUUUGUCCUACUAAUAAUGCAGUUGUUGCUCCCUUAUAUCACCUCGACAUUUCACGUAACAAGAUCAGCACACUUGAGUCUGGACAGUUUUCCUGCAUGGCUUAUUUGCGCAUCCUUAACUUGGCUGAGAACAGUAUUAGAAGUAUAGGAGAGUCUGCUUUCCAUGGACUGGGAAGUCUGGUGGAACUGAACCUGGCAAACAAUAAACUCAAGAUAAUAGAAACACAUUACUUCGAUCAUUUAGAUGAAGUGUCUUUACUCCACUUACUUGAGAAUCCUAUCCAAAGGAUUGAUGCAGGAUCUUUUAAAAUGUUAGUAUCUUUGCGAGAUGUCUCUCUUAGUGUUGUUACGUGGCGUUAUUUCCAUAUUGACCUUUGGGAAUUUGAGCCAGGGAUCAGGAUCUUAUCCCUAAAUACAAACGGGGGUGCAUACAUAAACAGUAGUAAUGCAUAUCACGCCAGCACCUUGCAGACUUUAUAUCUUUACGGGGGGUCUUUAGCAUCUACGUUUUUAUUUGAAGAUUGCGAGAGUGCGCCUGUGACCACAGUGAGGGAGCUUCAUGCUAAACGGGCAGUCACCCAAUGUUUUAAAAUGCAAAACUUAAGUACAUUUGCUGCAUUUACUAAUCUUGAAAAACUUUAUUUUCAAAGCCGCGCAGACUGGGGCGAGAAACUAGACUUGUCAAAGCUGGAAAAUUUGAAAGUGCUGUACUUAGAAGACAUAUCUAAGUCAAUAUUUGCCUACCCUAAGGAGUCUGAACUUCUUUUCAUGAACAAGAAGUCUUUGGAAAGUUUAAUACUCAGAAAUGCAGGUUUUUCUUAUUUUACUCAUUUGAUGUUUCAGGACUUAACAAAUCUGAAAAUGAUAAUGAUUCAGCGUCAAACUAUUUUAAGUUUGGAUUCCCAGAUGUUUCAGAAUUCCGUCAAUUUAAAAUACGUUUUCUUUUCUGUUGUUAUUUUCAAGUGCAGCUGUGAGAAUGCAUGGAUAAUUCGAUGGGCUGCAACAAGCAUGACAAUGUCAUUGAACUUUCAUUAUGAUACCUGCCUUGAUCUGUAUGAUCGGUAUCCAUUUGUCAAAUUUCUGGAUACAUGUGAUCAGCCCAUUGAAUUUACCAUUUUUGCACUAACAACUAGUUUUCUGUUAUUUUUUUUGGUGUUCUCACUUCUAUGCAAAAUAGAUGGUUGGUAUGUUGUUUAUUUCUUUUACAUAAUCCAGGUUUGGAUGUUAAAAUUAAUGGGCAGGAGAGCUAACAAGGUACAUUAUAAAUAUGAUGUGUUUGUUUCCUACAGCAGUAAAGAUGAACUUUGGGUUGUCACGGAGCUCCUUCCAAACCUGGAGCAGAAGGGACCAACUUUCCUCAAAGUGUGCCUCCAUAACAGGGACUUUGAGGCAGGAAAAGACAUUGUAGAUAACAUUGCAGACAGCAUCUAUAGCAGCAGGAAAACAAUCUGUGUGAUCACCCGUCACUACCUACGAAGUGAAUGGUGCUCCCUGGAGAUGAGAAUGGCCACUUACAGGAUGCUGGUAGAAAGCCAAGACUUCCUCAUUCUGUUGUUCUUGGAGAGAACCUCUCCCUUUGAGAUUUCUGCCUAUCACAGACUGGCAAGGAUGAUCAAGAAGAAAACAUACAUUAAUUGGCCAGAGGGACAACAUGAACAGCAACUUUUCUGGGUAAGACUGAAAGACACCAUAAUGAAAACAAAAAAUGAUGAUCAGAAACCUGAGAUAUAAUGUUCUUAUCUUUUCUGAAACAAACUAGUUCCUGGUUUAAAGCUGGUACUAGUAACCAAGGGUGGUGGGAGGGUCUAUCAUCGACGAUUGCAAACCCAAUUUUUUUUGCAGAUGGAGUUUAAGAUUACUUACUACCAUUUCUCCAGUCAGAUUCUAUCGCAAAAAAAAGUCCUCUCUUGGUUGAUUUAUUUAUGUUUUUUAAUCAGAUAAGGACAGCUGAGCACACUUGCUUACAUGGGACCUUCAGUCUUAAGUGACUUGCCCACAGUAAGAUGUUCUGCACAUGGGAAAGAGGAAUCAAACCCACAUCUAUAGGAUGAAACUUAUUAACAAUGACCACCACAUUGCCUCCAUUGUACAGAAGGCUUUCUACAUAGCCCACCUCAUAAGUAAAAGUAUUUCAUCCAGGAAUAAGGAGGUCAUAACAUCUCUGUACUCCUCCCUUA